AUGAUCACUCCUACGCUGCAACCUCAAAUCUUGUUAGCCCUUCAAUACCUUUUUCAGAUAUGGAAACAAGAUAAUGCUGCCCAAAAUAAUACAUUGUGGAUUAUAUCACUAUGUAUAUGGUUAUGUGAUAAUAAUGAUACCACUCAAACUAUUGACCUCACUAAUUUAAUUACUUCUUUUCUUGAGCCAGACUCAAAUACUUUUCUGAAUACUCUAGAAGACACAGAACAAUUAGAAAUUAAUUUACCAGAAAAAUUAAGCAGGAUUAUACAAGAUAUUAUCCAACCUUGUGGACCUUUAACUCAGACAUCUACUCCUCCACAAGACCAAACCAAGCUGCUCAAAGCUUAUUAUCAUCUUGGUGAUCUUAUAGAAAAGUACCCUGAUACUCACAAAGAUAUUCGAUCUACCAUUAGAAAGACUCAAGGAGAAAGAAGAGCCCGAGACACAUAG